AUGCAGGCGCGACUGCCGCGAAUCUCUUUGGAGAAGUCACUCUUUGAUGAACACCCUCCUCCCUUUCUUGAGGCAACUAACCUGCAGCUCCCACAGCUGACGGACGGUGCGCCCGUAGUGAUUGGCGGUGACAAGUCUGGGCGAGGCGAGGUGGCGGAGUUCUUCGCGCUUCCGCCUCCGCAGCAGGCGGUGGAGUUGGCCAACGCGUUGCUCCGCCAGUUUGCCUUCCGCACCUACAAUACUUCGAGGCCAGACAUUAUUCCCGCAUUCAACAAUGCGUUCCCGCGGACGGUGCACUCGCUGACCCGCAGGCCGCUCGUUCUGGCGCUGCUGGAGGAGAUGGGCCUCACGGAGCAGCGCGUGGCGAGCAGCGACGGCGGCACCGCUGAUACCCAGGAGUGCAAGGAAACCGUGCUGGAGCGGCUCCUGCGACACCUCCUGCGACAGUUCCACGCGCGGCUCCCGCGCCGUUGCCUAUCAAUCUACGGGGACUCCUUGGCAAUCACAAGCGGCGGCGCCGUCAGAGGCCGCGACACCUCAACAUGUUACCUUGGCGCGUUGCGAAUGGAGAGGAGAAACUCCGACGCCACCCCCAGCGAGUGUGGCUCUGUGGCUCAAGGGACACCAUCGAUGGAGGCGAAUGAGCGAGACAACGGCGCCCUCCACAGGUUCUUCAGCGACUACCCCACGGAGGAUGAACAGGUCUUUGUUGUCGCCAACGAACUGUUGCAGCAGCAUAUCGCAACACCGCAAGUGCUACCAAUGAAGACACACUUCUCAGGAGACACAGUAAGUGAGCGCGAGUUUAGCAACAACAAUGACGGUAUGUCGCAACUGCGGAUGAGUCGUCUCAACACCCCUAAUUGCUUCAGCUGCGAUAACAGGAAGGAAGGUGGAGGGAAACUUUCACAGGAGCGUCUUGUUCUCAUAGAGUUGCUAAGGAAUGUUCAUGAAACAUCCAUGUCCUCGCGGGCACUGUUUGCAAUAUUUGAAAAGGCUCUAGCGUGGUCGUGUUGCAAUUCUGUGCGUGAGGCUUCUCCACUGGACACCAUGAUUGGUACGCAGACAUCCAUCCAAUCACCACAAACACCAACGGAGGUCGUGUUUCGCCAGGGCGGAACUAACCUCACUACAGGGGGCGAAAUCCAGAAUACACAUGAAAUAUUUGGGAGAGAACGGCGACGACGAAUCCCGAGUCUCCUUUGUCUAUAUCUGCAAAGCUGCCUUCAGGAGAUGCCACCAUCGAUGGAAAAUGUGGAAAAAUGCAUGCUGCGAAUGAAAUGGGAGGACCCACAGUUAGCCAACUGCUCCGUGAGUUGGCGUGAUAACUCCAGCGCUGGACCCUUUUCGCCUUGUAUGAGCUCAGAACCAUGCUCCAACACACGGUCGAUGGCGCAUUCGAAGUUCACUUCACAGUUGAAGAUAGUCUCUGUGCAAGGCAUGGACAGCACUACAAGGAUUGGGCGUGGAUCGAGUGGAGAGUUGUUUGCGGUACGACGCCUGGAUACGGGGGAGCUGGUGGCGGUAAAACGCAUUUAUCUCACAGAGCUCUCACGAGGACAUGUGGAGAAUGAACUCUCCGUGCUGCGUCGCAGCAUAGGACUGAGUGACGACUGCAGAGGCAACGGCAACGGCAACAGCUUGAACAUGGCGGAAUCAUCCGAGCCGUCCUGUUCCCGGGUCAUAAGCGACACCCAUAAGGAUGAUGAUGGCGACAUUGACGUCAAUGAUUACAGUGGGGUGGUGCGCUUCUACGAUGCCUUUUUUGAAGAUGGCUAUGCGUUUAUUGUAAUGGAACUGAUGGACAGUGGGAGCCUCCUUGACGCUCUAAACGCACGCCGCUGUUGUCCUUUCAGUGAAGAAGAGUGUCGUGCGAUUACCUUUCAAGUUUUGCAUGGCCUACGCUACCUACACGAUACCAUACGCCAACUCCAUCGUGACUUAAAACCACACAACAUUCUUCUUGACAGGCACUCUGGUGCGGUAAAGCUGACCGAUUUUGGUAUUUCCUCGGAUCAGCUGCAAAGCAUGGGGUUUAAUCAGUGCGGCACUUAUGUUGGCACGCUGGCCUACAUGUCUCCCAGUCGAGUGGAUGCGGAUUCGGUCUAUGGUAAGGAGAGUGACUUCUGGGGCCUUGGCAUUACGUUGAUUCAGCUGGCACUUGGGAAGCUGCCGUUUUCCCCGAACGUAUUUGUCAUUGCCGGUUUCGCCACGCGUCCACCACGCCUCUCCACCGAGUUCACUCGUGGCGAGAGAGAGACCUGGGCACUUGACGAGCAAGAGACACGGGUCACUUCAACGUUGACCGCGUUUUCCGAGGCAUUUAAGGACUUUGUUGCCACACUAUUGCCUGUCUCCCGUGGGCGAGGUCGCGUUACUUCACUUGCCUUCACGGAGGAGGACGAUACUGAUUCAACCCAGUCCUGCACAUACUAUUUUGGGGGCCGGGGCGGGGGUGAUUUGUUCUGCGCCUCUACUAGUGCAGAGUGUGAGGUGGAGGCAGAGGCGGGGGGUGAGGCGGAAAGCGAUUUUGAGGCUUGCGUCGGGAAUGACGCCCUGGUGCCUUUUGAGGCCUGGACCUCAGUUCCAAGCCCGCCGCCGGAAUCUCACGCCGACGUCGUGCAGGAGUUGCCACCACCACUAUCACUAACGCUACCAGAGUCACGAGGGAUGCUGCAGGCGAGGGGUAACGGUAAGGAUAACGGCAGCCGCCCCGUGAGCGGUGACAGUGACAGCAUGAAAGACGCUCGGCGAAAUGCUGCUGCUGCUGCGGCGGAGUUGACGGCUACUGCGCUUCUGCAGCAUCCCUGGAUGCAUGGAAUGACAUGGGAAAAAAGCAGAACCGUCAUCGCGGCGAUCUCGUUGGAGCCGACAGCUGCUCCCCACUGA